AUGGCUCAGAGAGGACUGGAAGCCCUUCAGGCUCAGGUGGAGGCAUUAAGAGCGGAGUUGGAAACCCUUAAGGUAGCAGAGGAGCAGCGAGAUUACGUUAGAGGUAGCGAUUCUCCCCAAGGGCGAAGAAGGAGUCGCGGACUACCCAAGCAGAAGAAGGCUGGUAGGUGUUUUCGAUGUAGGAAGAUUGGACAUUAUGCGCGUGACUGUCGCCAGGACCCUGACCUCGACUUUUCCGGCUGGUGGUUCGGGGAAGAUCAUCGACGUCCUAGGGGAACUGGUUCUUCAAGGGAAUCGCGCCCAGCCCCAGGAGCUAGGAGUAGGGAAUGUCCUAAGGGGUUAGGUCCCGGAGCAGGGGUGAAACCAAGGGUCCCAUCAGGUUCGGACUUACCAAACACUGCCGACGUUGAAGAGGAUGAAUCACGUAAUUCAUCUGCAAACGAGUCUGCUGAAUCUCCUGUAUCACCAACGCCACAAUCAAAGAAGGUGAAAAAAGUUGACAACUUACACAUGUAA